AUGUCUGGCGGUCACUCUAGCACAGGACUUGGCGAUGCUAUCAAGAAGGGCGUUGGCUUGGUUCACGGAACGGGCGAGGCCAUCCGUGGAAACUUCAACGCGGGCGUAGAUCAAGCAGCGGGAGACCGUGCUGGUGUCAACAAAAACACAGCAAUUGCGUCCAAGGGUGCCAGCGAGAUUGAACACGGCUAUCACCGAACUGGUCACGGAGCAGGCGUUACACCAGCUGAUGUUGAUCGCGAGCGUCUGAACACAACUCACAACACAUCAACCAACUACGGCUCGCACAGCACCAACACGGGCAACAAGCUGGAUCCCCGCUUCGACUCCGACAUGGACCACCGUGGCACUGCUACAGGCUCAACAAACGCGGGUCCGCACUCGAACAACGUCGCGAACAAGCUGGAUCCUCGUUUCGACUCGGACCUUGACCACCGCGCAAACCCAAACAGCUGUUGCGCUCCAACUCUCUACUCGCAAACAGAUGGUACGGACUCCACCACAGAGCCCUUUGGAGGCAAGUGGGAGCCUCAAGCCGGUUCUGGCCACGACCAUGCUCAUGACCACGAUGAACACUGCAACUGUCACGCGCAACACAUUCAUCGCGGCUCGAUCAGUGGUGGUACGAACUUGAAGCCUGCGGAGAAGUUGGAUCCCGUACUUGACGUAGAGGACGCAUCGACUAAAUGCUGUAUAAACAGUGUCGACGCUGCUAACAAGCUAGACCUCCGAGUUGAGUCCGACCACAAUCGCCGCAGCCACGAUAUCGACGCCCAAACUGGUAGGGUUGGCACCUUCGCUCGUCGCGGAACUGAGCCUUUGGUACGCACCAGCCACGUAGCUGAAGCCGAGGCUCCUCUCAGCCAUGGGUCAGGAUCGGACGACGAGCUCGAUCGUCACGCGCGUCGGGAAAGUCUCUCGCAACAAUCCCAUAGUUCUACCGCACCAUCCGACGAGCCCCGCUCAACAGCGGAUGCACACAAGAGCGAUUUUCUGAGCCUGCUGGAUCCGGGGGUCGAUCGCAGGGACGCAAAGCAGAUGCAGUCAAGUGGCUCGUAA